GGACUUUGUUAAGUAUUAUUACUAGGUUAUUUAUGAUUACUAGUUAACUUACUUUUAGCUUUCUGGUUCAUGCUAGAUAAUCCAGUUUAUAAUUAUAAUUUAAUUGUGAAAGUAAAAAGUGAUACUGUUAUGGCUUCUUAUCAAGGAUAUAAUGAGAUUCGUCUAGAGAAGCGGGGCAAAACUUUGUUGAUAACCUUUGACGAUCCAAAGAAACGUAAUAGCCUUAACAGGAACGGGUAUAGGGAACUCGGUAGGAUGCUGCGAGAAGUAGCCAAGGACGACGACGUUACAAUUGUGGUUUUCACAGGGAAUGGCGAUUUUUUUACAGCCGGAAAUGAUUUAUCUUACUCCGCGCCUUCUUCGACCGACAUUGAAGAGUACGUCAAAGAAUCAAUUAAUAUAUUAAAAGAAAUGAUAAGUGCUUUAAUUGAUUGUCCUAAACCAACUUUGGCGCUGGUAAAUGGACCAUGUAUUGGUAUUGGAGCCACAUUAACAGCGCUAUGUGACAUAGCGUGGUGCUCAUCAACGGCAUAUUUUUUUACGCCCUUUACCAAAUUGGGUAUUGUUCCGGAAGCUUGUUCAUCUUAUUUGUUUCCAUUAAUACUCGGUCGCUCCAAAGCCAACGAAAUGUUAUUGAUGUCACAAAAAAUAACUGCUCAGGAGGCUUACCAUUAUAACUUUGUAUCUAAAGUAUACGAGCCCACUGAAUUGGAUUCUAUUAUUUGGCCAAAGAUACAGGAGUUUUCUGAGUUACCUCCGGAUUCAUUGCGAAUUUCUAAAUCACUUGUGCGAAUGCAUGAACGAGAUGCGUUAUAUCGAGCAAUGAUUGCUGAAAACGAUGAACUUUACCAACGAUUUUUCACAGAAGAGUUUGCGAAUACCUUGAUAGCUUUCGCUUCACGAAAAAACAAAUCUAAAUUGUGAUAGCAAUAAACCUAAUAAAUAUACAUAUUUACUAAAGGAAUUGUAGCCUAAAAUA